AGGGUUUGUUUACUGGCUGAGAGGCUGGAAAGAAGGGGAUCCUACAGGACCUGGGAGACUGUACAAUCUACCUCUCUGUGCGUGGAAGAAGAAAAAGGAAAAAAAUAACUCGAAAACUUUAUUUCACUUAGUUUUCUCUCAUUCAGACACACGCUUAGUUGUGGGAGCAGUCAGGUACGCGGCGCAUAAACACAACUUGAAGCAUUUUUAAAAAACAAAAACAAAUUAUUUAUUCCCAAACACACACACACAGAAAGAGAAGAGCGGAGUGCAGCGAAGUCUUGUCCGUCAGCCUUUCAGAGAGCGGAGGUCUCACUGGAAAAUCUCUGCACUGAUUCAAGAGGAGUUGUCGCUUUGGAGCUAGCCAGCUGCCUGAAAAACACCUUUUUUUUCACAAGCAAAAUAAAUCAGCUGUAAUGUUUAGUGCUCGUUGGAGGACUUGCGGAGAUUGUCUUUUUUUCUUUUUACGAAAGACACGCUAACGUUACGCCACGCAUGCCACAACCAUCGAGUCAGCAGCAAACGGCUCUAACAAAAAUCCUCUAAAUUAAGUUAAGGGUCGCUUUUAUAAAUCUGUGCACGCAUGCAACGUAUCUCUUUUUAUAAAGAAUACGCACCGCAGCUGUGUGGCUAUGCGUGAGAUUUUUAAAAAGUUAAGAAUAAAUUGAGAGGGUUACUGUGAAGGCAGCGCAAACUUCACUUGUGGCCUGGGCUCGAGGUGUGGAGCCAGGCUAGGUAGCUAGCUAGCUAGCUUUACUGCCGUUAGCUAGCCUCUGUUCGGCCAACAAGUCUGUUUUUGCUCUUUCUUCGCCGACACGAACAAACUCAGCUGGGCCAGUUUAACUAACCAAUGCAGUUAACGUUAAGGACAGAGAAAGAGCACGUGUGUCCCGUGCUGAUGUUUGUUAACAGUGCUUUUCCAUGAGGUGGCUAACUUGAGCAGCAGCGUUAGCUUGUGUUUGACUGAACACGUUGGACUCGUUCCUCCGCCCAUCUUCCGGGAUGUCUUUUAUUUAUUUUUGUUUACCUGUUGGCCCACGCCGCAAAACAAAACCAGUUUCCUGAGUGUAUCUCUCCUCCAGCUUGAACUGCCCUCAUCGCCAAGGAUUAUUCUGCAUUUGACCCGGAAUAGAGCUGGAUGGUGUCUUAUCCCGAGUCAGUUAUGUGGCUGCGGACUUUGAGUUUGUGUUUUGUUUUGACCGCUGGCUUCUUUUUGAUGAGCUGUCAUCGAGUCAGUGGAGAGGUUUGCCCAAGUAAGGACAUCCGGAACAAUGUGACCAACCUGCAGAUGCUUGAGAACUGCACAGUGAUCGAAGGCCAUCUGAAGAUCUUACUCAUGUUCAAGACCAAGCCCGAGGAUUUCCGAGGCCUCAGUUUCCCCAAACUGAUAGUGGUCACCGACUACCUGUUGCUCUUCAGGGUCUACGGCCUGGAGAGCCUCUCUGAUCUCUUCCCCAACCUAACUGUGAUCAGAGGCAACAAUCUCUUCUUCAACUAUGCUCUAGUGAUGUUCGAGAUGCUCCAGCUGCGAGAGAUUGGCCUCCAUAGCUUGAUGAACAUCACCCGAGGAGCCGUGAGAAUUGAGAAGAACCCAGAUCUCUGCUAUCUCUCUACUCUGGACUGGUCUAAAAUCUCUGACUCGGUGGAAGACAACUACAUCAUGGCUAACAAGAAUGACAGAGAAUGUGGUGACGUGUGCCCAGGGGCGCCCAUCGGAAAAACCACCUGCCAGACGACCACCAUCAACGGACACUUCAGUGAACGCUGCUGGACGCAGAGCCGCUGUCAAAGAAUGUGCCCUGUUCAGUGUAAACAUCGAGCCUGCACCAAGGACGACCAGUGCUGCCACGACCAGUGCCUGGGCGGCUGCCUGAAGCCAAACUCAGCCAGUCACUGCGUGGCCUGCCGCGGCCUCCAAGGGCCCGAGGGAAACUGUGUGGAACGCUGCCCCGAAAACCACUUCACCUUCAAGGGCUGGCGCUGCGUCUCUUUCAACUUCUGCCAAGAUCUCCACAACAGAUGCAAGCGGGAGAAGGAGCACAACAAGAGCCCUGACUGCCACGAGUACGUCAUCCACAACGGUGCCUGCAUCCCUGAGUGUCCCUCCGGCUACACGACCGUCAACUCCUCCGCGCUCAACUGCACUCCCUGUGCAGGGCUCUGUCCCAAGGUAUGUAUGGGUCUGAAAACUGUGGACUCUGUCACAGCUGCCCAGGCUUUGAGAGGCUGCACUGUUCUCAACGGGAGCCUGGUCAUCAACCUCCGUGGAGGAAACAACAUAGCAGCUGAACUGGAGGCCAGCCUGGGCCAGCUGGAGGAGAUCACUGGCUACCUGACAGUGCGACGUUCCUACGCCCUUGUAUCCCUCUCGUUUUUCCGCAAACUCCGUGUUAUUCGUGGAGAGGAACAGGAAAUUGGGAAUUACUCGUUCUAUGCCCUGGACAACCAGAACCUGCGACAGCUCUGGGACUGGUCCAAACACAAGCUGACCAUCCUGCAGGGACGCAUGUUUUUCCACUACAACUCCAAACUCUGCAUGUCUGAGAUCCGCAAGAUGGAGGAGGUGACGGGGACCAAAGAGCGGCAAGUCAAGAACGACAUCGCCUCCAAGACCAACGGAGACCAGGCCUCAUGCGAGAACCAUGUGUUGAAGUUUACCCAGAUUCGAACCAUGAGCGAUAAAAUAAUGGUCAAGUGGGAACCUUUCUGGCCUCCAGACUUCAGAGACCUGCUGGGCUUCAUGGUGCUCUACAAAGAAGCACCUUUUCAGAACGUAACCGAGUUUGACGGGCAGGACGCCUGCGGCUCAAACAGCUGGGUGAUUGCUGACGUGGACCCUCCACGUCGAGCCACAGAGGGAGAUAAAGAGCAGUUUGAACCUGGUCAUCUCAUCCUGCCACUGAAGCCCUGGACACAGUAUGCCAUAAUGGUGAAAACCCAGCUCUCAGCCUCUGACGAGCACCAGGUCCACGGAGCCAAGAGCGAGAUCAUCUAUGUUCGCACCAACGCCACCAAACCCUCAGUCCCGCUGGACCCCAUUUCCUCGUCCAACUCUUCCUCCCAGAUCAUCCUCAAGUGGAAACCUCCCAAUGACCCCAACGGCAACAUCACUCACUACCUGGUCUACUGCCAGCGCCAGCCUGAAGCCAGCGAGCUUUACAAGUUUGACUACUGUCAGAAGGGGAUGAAGUUGCCGUCACGGGUACCCACUCAGGUGGACAGUGACGAGGAGCAGAAGUGGAACCAGACAGAGGAGCAGGGCCAGGGCACACGAUGCUGCGCCUGCCCCAAAACCGACAAGGAGCUCAAGAAGGAGAAAGAGGACUCGGAGUACCGCAAAACCUUUGAGAAUUACCUCCACAAUGAAGUCUUUGAGAUUAAACGCUCGAGACAACGACGCUCUGUGAUGGGCAUCGCAAACCGAACACACCCCUUCCUCACCACCGCCCCCAGCCCGCCCCACAGCACAGGCAUCCCCGAGGACGAGGACGAGGAAACCUUUGAAAGGGAAAAAAUUAAGUUGACCAUCCACGCUAAGGAGUCCACCGUCAUCUCCAACCUACGCCACUUCACCAGCUACCAGAUUGAGGUCCACGCCUGCAACCACCCGACCGACCAGACCCGCUGCAGUAUGGCGGCGUAUGUCAGUGCUCGCACACUACCUGAAGAUUGUUCGUCCUGUGGGCUCAAUCUUGACAAAGCUGAUGACAUCGCGGGUGCUAUCAGUUGCGAGGUGACAGAAAAUUCAGUGCACAUCACAUGGCAGGAACCAGUAGCCCCUAACGGUAUGAUCAUCCUGUACGAGGUCAACUACAAGAGACUGGGAGACACUGAGGUAACUAAGUAA